AUGCCUAAAAAAUUAAACAUUUUAAAGGCGAAAUUGCCAAAAGCGCCCCCAGGGAGAAGGCCUAUUGGAUAUAGAGGCAAUCAUAAACAUGGAAAAGCACUUUAUGAUCCCGUUUAUCCUACAUCAAAAAUUCCGUCAAGUCUUGUUCCACGAUAUCCAUUGGAUUGGAGAAACGGGGGUAGAUUCUUAUUAUGUGUUGGUUUAAGGAGAAUAGAAAAUAGAAUUAUAAAUAAAAUGAAGGAAAGUUUAAAUUAUAAUAUACCUGAAUGUAGUACAUGCAAUAAUACUUGUAUAAAAAUUUAUAAUCGAUGUUUAUGUGCAUGGUAUUGCAAAUAUAAAUAUAGGCAUGUCUAUGAUUGUGAUAAUAUACUUAUGGAAUAUAAAGGAGAAAUAAAUACUGACAAACCAAUUUUUACUAUAAAAAAACAAGUAGCUAAAAAAAAUAUAUCUAAAGGUAUUGAAUAUGUUUAUAACAAAAAUAUAUCCAAAUUUCAAACUAUAGAAAAAAAUGACAUAUAUGCAAAAUUUUAUAAAAAAAUACAAGAAAAAAAACAGACGUGUUCUAAAGAAGAGGCAAUCUAUUCAGAUUCUGAUGCAACAGAUAGUGAUGAAGAAGAAAUAUAUGAAGAUAUAUAA